UGGCGACAACAAAACACACGUCAGUUUUCACGUCUGCGAAAGUGUGAAAACGCAAGUAAAAAAAUCUUCCAAAAAGUGUUGUGCUUUGUUAACGGAAGCAGAAACAUUGUCGCAGAAAAUUACUCGUUGUUGUGUUUAAAAAAAAAAUAAUGAUUUUGAGAAUAUUCCCAAGUGCUUUGAGUUUCCGUCAUGUUCGUGGCACCACCUUCUAACACCACCAAGUCCUAUCGUCUGCUAAUACAAAUUACCCGGAAGAUGUUACAAUCGCAUUACAUCAACAUUCUUAUCUUCCUUGCUGGAACUUUCGUAUCGUUGGUUUUCUUUGAAUUCUUUCGCAAUGGCAUCAACCAUAAACAUUCCCAGUUAAUGUAUGUUCCUGAGGAGCGGUAUCUUCAAGUAAUUGAUGAAUUUACAACCAUUUCGAGGAGAAAUCCGUCCCAAUUGAGCAAUGGGGGCGGAUUUGGCCUUAAUGAUGACGAUGGUUCAUACGAACGUGAGGCGAAUACGAAAGAAGCUCUGGGCUCACUCAAGUUGGCUCAGGAGAUGAAGGCCUCAGGGAAAGAUGACAAAGCAAUGAAGCUAUUCGAACAUGCAUUUGCAUUGGCGCCAAAAAACCCAGAAGUUUUAGUCAAGUAUGGAGAAUACCUAGAACACAAUCGCCGGGAUAUACUUACCGCAGAUCAAUUUUACUUUCAAGCACUGACAAUCAAUCCUAGCAACAGUGAAGCAUUAGCUAAUCGCCAAAGAACUGCAUCAAUAGUUCAAACAAUCGACGAGAGACGUCUUCAAACUUUAGACAUCAAAAGAGAUGCACUCUCUGCAAUCCAUGAAGCGAAUUCAGCAUUGCGGAGGGCAAAAAAAGAGGCUUACUUUCAACAUAUUUACCAUUCAGUUGGUAUUGAGGGAAACACCAUGACUUUAGCUCAGACGAGGUCGAUUCUAGAGACUAGAAUGGCUAUCGAUGGGAAGUCCAUCGAUGAGCACAAUGAAAUUCUAGGUCUUGAUUUGGCCAUGAAGUACAUUAAUGCCAGUUUGGUCAAUAAAAUGGAAAUCACGCUAAAGGACAUCAUGGAGAUUCAUAGGAGAGUUUUAGGUCAUGUUGAUCCCAUCGAAGGUGGGGAGUUCCGUCGGACUCAAGUUUACGUAGGUGGUCAUACUCCUCCAGGCCCCGGAGACCUAUCGAUUCUUAUGAGGAGGUUCGAGGGAUGGUUGAAUUCAGGCGAUACUAUGUCCUUGCAUCCAAUUAAACACGCUGCACUGGCUCACUAUAAACUUGUCCACAUUCACCCAUUCAUCGAUGGCAACGGAAGAACUUCGCGUCUCCUGAUGAACACCAUGCUAAUGCGCGCCGGUUACCCUCCUGUUAUCAUACCAAAGCAACAACGUCACAAGUAUUACCACUUCCUGCAGCUGGCAAAUGAAGGUGAUAUCCGGCCGUUUAUUCGUUUUAUUGCCGAUUGUACAGAAAAAACCCUGGAUCUAUAUCUUUGGGCAACAAGUGAUCUACCCCAACAAAUACCAAUGUUGGAGCAAACUGAUUUCAUUGGCGACAAUAGUAAACCAUCGCAAACUCAAUUCGCGAAUAAUAAUGACAAUGAUAUCGAUCAAUCGGGAUCUGGGAACUCGGAGCAAAAUAAUAGUUCUUUUUAAACAAAAAAAAAAACAUUAAACACGCACUUACAAAUUAACAAAUGAAUUAACUACUUAAUUUAUACAACAAACAAAAAUAAUCCUCUAAAGAUUAAAACAAAAAAAAAAAAAACACACAAAAUAGUAAAAUUACGUCUGUGAUCUUAAGCUUACAUAGAAAAUUUACAUUUAAUGUAAUUAUUAUGUAUUUAUGUGUAAAUAUGAAACUAUUUAAGUAAAUGUGCAACAAAAAGUACAUACAUCAAUAAAUUAUUUGUAUUUAUAUUAUGUAAUUACUCUUUAAACAUUUCUAUUUUACUUUUAUCCAAUUUAUCACUUUUUAAAUAUUGGUAUUGGAAUAUUUUUUGUGAACCAUAAAAAGUGAAUAAUAAAUUGUCUCAAGGAUC